AUGGGGCUGGGGUGGCUGCUGCCCGCGCUGAUCCUGGCAGUGGUGCUGGCUGUGGGGUCCCAGCCGCAAGAGCAGAUCCCUAGGGAGGCCCACAACCUCAAUUGGAGCAAGUUUUCAGGGUUCUGGUACAUUCUUGCCGUCGCCUCUAACACCACAGGAUUCUUGCCAAGCAGAGACAAGAGGAAGCUGGGGGCGUCCGUGGUGAAGGUUCACAAAACAGGCCAGCUGAAGGUGGUCUUUGCUUUUAACCAGUCGCAGGGGUGCCAGGCGCACACGUUGCUUCUGCGGAAAGACAGGAAGAAGGCCGUGUUCAGGAAUCCCCUGAGGGGGGUGCAGGGCUUCCGCGUGCUGUCCACCGACUACAGCCACGGCCUGGUCUACCUGCGCCUGGGGCGGGCUGGCCGCACCUCCAAGACCCUGCUGCUCUUCAGCAGACAGAACACGUCCAGCUUCCUGAGCAUGAAGGGCUUCGCAGACACGUGUGAGGUGCUGGAGCUCACAGAUGGCGCGGCCGUCCUCCCGAAAGACGCCUCCUGUGCGCACACCAUCCUGCCGUGA